ACCAUGAAAUAUCACGCAAACGCCAUUAGGUAAAUAAACAAGUCAGCAUCUUUAAAUGAAACAACAAGCGCUCCAGCCUGACCUCUACUGGCCGCUACGCUGAAGUGCACCCGAGCCUGAACUGGUCCGAGCUGCUCUGCUGCUCAGACGCUCGGGGGAUUUGUGAGCGUUAGCAGGUGCUUCACGGGUGAAGUGAUGCAUCUCUCUCAGGAUGAGGCCGCGUUCCUCGCCUGCGGUGCUCACUAGCAUGUGCAUGUUUUGCUGGUGUAUCACCGUGUAACCCGCUGCGGACGUAUGUGAGUAAGACUGGGGCCCGGGGUGAGUAGGAAACCACGGAACACAAACAAGAAGCCCCCGACAACACAGCGAGCGCACGCCACCGCGGAGGCAGCGCGCGGCUGUGACGUCAGCUCAGCAUCAGCGCCACAGCAUCAGCGCCACAGCAUCAGCGCCACAGCAUCAGCGCCACAGCCCAGUCUGACCCUGCGCCAGCCGUGACGCCAUGGAUCCCACCAGGACCGACGCAGCGCACACUCUCACACUCCCUCCCAGCAGGAGGCCUCUCGCAGCACAGGUGGCCGCUGUGCUGCCGGCACCAGCUCUCAGACGAGCUGCACCUCGCUCCAACGCUUGGGGUGAGUAAAAUGUGGGCACUGUGAGACUGACACUAUUAAUACGGACGCAGGAAGACGCUGCUUCGGCCGAACUCCAAACGGCGGUCGCUCCUCCUGCAGGUACUUCACACACACUGCUGCUCUGCUGAGCUCAGGUCCAGAUACGUGUGGGCUGGACUUUGUGUUUGGAGCCGGGGAUCAGUACAUGAGCGUAAAUGAUCAACAGAGACAUGUGACGGACAUGUGCUUGGGCAGUAACUGGAUAAAUGUGGAAUCAUCAAAGGCUUUUGUUUUGUUUUGUUGGUUAUACAGAUACCAGAUACCAGAACAUGGUUUAACGAGAGCCUCCGGCUCCUUCUCUGACUCCAAACUACAACCAUUCCAUGAUUGCUGCUACUUAACUUUGCGCCGAGGACUCACAACAAAUCUGUAUCUGACAAGUGGAUUACUUCAGAUACAGACAGUAUAGGUGUCAGAUACACUGAUCCAGAGGCCGGCAGUGCCUCGAAUGGCACAGAGGGCUUCUCCCCCGACCCGCUCCCCGGUCCAGGCUUCUUCCCACCGACCCGCUCCCCGGUCCAGGCUUCUCCCCCGACCCGCUCCCCGGUCCGGGCUUCUCCCCCGACCCGCUCCCCGGUCAGGGCUGACAUUUCUCCCUCUAAUGUUCUGGGGUGAAGUUAAUCAAGGAACUAUUUAUGUGGGGUGUGUGGAAGCGCGGGCUGGGUUCUGUGUGUGUCACUACACUGGUGGUGUGAUUUAUGAGAGGCGAAGACUUCUUUGGAGAGCAUUUGCGUGAAACUAUGUGUGAGUGUGUGGGUGCCCGAGUCCUCCUGCUAACUCAAACAAACAGCCAGCGAGCGGGGUACCGUACACGCAGCACGAGGCCAAGGUGAAAUUCCUCUGAGCAGAACUCAAGUGUGGUGGAGGAUUAAUCAUCAUUCAUUAAUAGAUGAGGCAGACAUAAAACCCCAAAGUCUGGCCUAUUACACUGUUUUUGUUAGUGAAGAACAAACACUCCGCAGAGAUUAAGGCCCAAUUCUACUUCCUGAACUUAACCCUUAAAUGCACAGAACCUGCAAACAUCUGGAUCCUGAAUAAAACUCUGGCACAAGACUUCUUUGAUUUGACAGCGAGAGCCAUGUGUCUGAGGAGGAAACCUCUGCAGAUGCAAAGUGAGUCCGUCUACAGGUUAUUGACUGUGACAAGCACAAUUACACAGGUCAAUUAUUUUUAAACGCAAGCUUCACAACUUACAGACGCCCUUGAAGGCAACAUGGGAGACAAAUUUAACGUACAGAAAAUAAAUCUAAAUGUGUAUUUACUCAUUUUCACCAACUGAAGGAAUGAGCACUGUAUUAAACUGUCCCCGACAACAAUAUAAAUCCUGGACCGACUGAGUGGAGCUGCGUGAAGUGCAGAGUCAGCAAGUAGCGUUCAAUGCUGGGACGUCAAAGUGAGGUGCCAUGUCCUGUAAGUGUGUGUUUUUCUAUAUGAAAGCAUGCUUGUGGUUGGACAUGGUCAUGCUAUUGGACAGAACAGAAAGCAGUUGCACGGAGGCAGAGCCUUUAGAAAAAAACAAAGCCGAGGAGACGUGCCAGCAGCGCCCUGAACUCCGCUCCGUUUAUGAUAGACGAUCAGGCAGCCGAGCAGUGGGGACUCGGGGGGUUGUCUCCUUGGUGUCCAAGACAUAAUUUUGCUUUUAUGGCAAAAUUAUGGCUUUCACAUUCUAGGCUUCUGGGAAAGUUGUCUGAUUUCAAAAUACUUCCCAAUAAAACACAAGGGUCCAGAGGGCUGUAAGAAUGUAGUAAUGUCAGAGCUCAGGCAUUAGAACGGACAGAGAUCAUUUUGUCUGAAUGACACACACAAACAUUAACGUUUGGUAUCUACAGCACUUGUGCCGACUACACUGGAGUCUGUAUCAUAUUGUUUCUGCGCUGUCACGCGCUGAUGAGUCUGCCUUUGUGUAGAACGACGCCUGGGCUGCGACUGCUGUCAGUUGAGAAGUCUGUCUAAACUUCCUCUCAGCAGCCAGACAACAAGUUUCUGCUGGAACGCCGUCAAAGAAACUCAACUCAUCACUGAGUCAUAACUUUGGAGACAAACUGUGAGGACAACAGUGACGACAAUGACAAACUCACAAAGAGUAGCAGCAAUGAACGACAGACUGACUGCUUUAAAGCUUAUCAGACUGUGGGGAAACCACGCAUCUCCACGUUCAUUUGUAUCAGAACCACAGUGGUUUCGUUUUUUACAUAUAAAACAAUCAAACUGUGCUUGCUGUAAAUCUAGUUUCUUCUGGGGCUCGAUGCAGCGGAAGCUGGAGAACACACAACAAAGGGCCAGAAGAAAAUCCACCAAAGCCUCAGUUUGGCCUUCUAGCGCCAGUCAAAGCAAUAUCUGGAAACAGUUUUUUAUCCUAGAGCAACAGAAAACAUGCAGCAUCCCAGAUUUCAGGCCCAGCAUAGCUACAUGCAACCGCACUGGCCGCUAUGGUCAGGCCUUAGAAAGAGAGGCUUGAGCAGAGAUGCAGCCAGGCCUAAACCUGAGCCCAGAGGCUGCACAGCAGAGACGACUGGAAUUCACCAGCUCCUCGCGCUGAUCGUCCUGUAGCGUGAAAUCAGCCUGGAAGUGGUCGGAUUUGUAAGAGGAAGUGGGAUCGUCCCAACAGAAAUGUUCAAAAAUGCCGUGAGUAAAUGUUAUGAUCAUUCGAUCUGAGUGAGUAAUUGCGUCUGGUGUCCACUGGAGUGAGGAGCAGGAGACACGCCCAUUGUUUAUUGGAUCCGUUUGAAAGCGCUGGAGGAGUGGUGUAAGACAUGAUUUGUCUAUUUCCUUCCCACCAUGCGUGUUUAUGUUUGGAGAACAAUAAAAGGACUGUGGACAAAGAGAUUAAUAGCAAUGUCCCCAUUUCAGGGUGGAACUGGAGAAUCUGAGCGGCCUCCUGUGAUGGCGAUUGUAACAACGACACAGGUUGAGAAGAAUCCUCCAAACCAGAAGUGAAUUAUCACAGUGAAUGAUAAUUACUGUCUGUGAGGGCACAACAAAAUGCUCUGACGCUGCUGUUUUUAACACAAACAAAUUCCACGGAGCGCAAAAACAACGCUCCGGCACGACCUCCGCGGCCGCGCUGCUCCAGCAUUCCAACGGCAGAGACAACACGCUGGGGGCGUGAAGAUGGGAACGCAACCCGUCGUGCGUGUUGUGAAACCUAGCGUGCCUGUUCAUGCAUGUCUGCUGAUUCCACAGGGGAGCUCCAGCCUCCAGUCAGGCACAAGGGCCCAACGGCGGCAGGAAACCAGGACAGCAGAGGCAGACAAUGACACGGAGAUUAGAGGUCUGACCUCCUCUGAGUCACUGACCUGUUUGCUCACUCCUGGUCCCUUCUAACGCACGCACGCACGCACAGCGAUUCACACUAACCCUCUCUCACGCAUCGUCCUCAUGUUAAACAUGAGCUGAGCUCCAUAGUUUGCGCCUUUAAUACCUCAGGGGUGACGUCAGCAGCACCUGCAUGUUGUGCAGGUGACGGUGCAGCCGAACACCCACCAGGACUGACUGACGCUUCUGACUCACUGCAACCAGGACGACAUCACCCGACGGCUGGAAAUCCUCUAAAGCGGCCGACUGCGGAUAGAAACUGAAGGAACGGAAGAAUAGAAACUGUGCCUGAAUGCAUCAUCACGCCUGCACUAUGACCUCACCUGCUUAUCUCUUAGGCAAAUUAGACUUUCACCAGCAGCACACCUGUAGGAUCCUGGAGCUCAGACUGUGAGGGCUCCAUUCAGGAAGCAGGCGGCUGAAGGCUGUAACGGCUCAACAAGCCCAGUCAUGUCAAAGAAGAGUUUCUCAGGUUGCACAGGUAGAAACAACCUCGUUUCCUGACAGACAUGUGAGGGGCUCAAAUGUCCUGCUUUUGAUCCUCAAUAACGGUGACUUUUAAUCUUCACCCUUUACGGAGGAUUUAUAAGGACUGCCUGUCAAAGGAAGCCAGGAGGGAUCUAUACAAGGACAAAGAAAUCUCUGUCGUUCUCAGCCUGAUCUGCCAAGAUGCCGCUCAGAACUUCAUUCCACACAAAGCCGUCCUCCGGCCGCUGGCCCAGGAGCUCCAAGCGGCGCGAGGUGCUGUCCGUCAACAUGAUCAGUUUACCGCUGGCCGAUUUCAGACACAUCACACAUAUUGGCAACAAUGCCCACAGAGACAGCUUCGGGGACCUGUCCUUCCUAAAGAUGGGCCACAGUCUGCUCCUACAUAGCUCUCGGAGCGAGCAGAACCUCUUCAUGGCCUGCGCUCCGCCACCAAAGCCCCCUCGGCUCAACGUGGUCGAGACCAAUGGCUCGGAAUCCUCGGACGGCUCCGUCGAGCCCCAACGCAGCAUCUGCCAGAAGAGAAAGAAAUGCACCUCUUUGCCCCUGCUGGACAACGAGGAGGAGGAGGAGGACGGGUGUCAAACUGGGAAUAACGCGGCCAAGCAGCCACUCAGUCUUGGACCUGAAAGCGUAGCUUCAGGCAAAAAUAAACUCUCAACAGAGACCUGUGACAAAACUGGACAGAAGACAGAGGACGACAGCGGCUUCUCGUUCAGCCUUGACCUGGGUCCAUCCAUCUUGGAUGAUGUUCUUCAGGUAAUGGACAAACUCCACAACUAGAUGGACGGCAACUUAUUGACUUAAACAAUGAUACUUUGGACAAAUCAAUAUUCUAGUGGUAACUGUUCAAAUAACGAUGAAUAUAUCCUUGUGUAUUAACCCAGGACGAUGCAGAGACAAAUGAAAUGGGAAGUGCCAUUUCAAGAUAAAAUGUUAAUUUGUAAAAGCAAUAAUGAAAGAGACGUUCAAGGAGACCCAGGUACUGUGUGUAUAUUACACUGUGAUGCACAGUUGUACAUACAGUGCAACAGGUUAAUAACAAAUCUUUAAUUGAAAAAGACUUUUAGAGCUUCAAUUUUCCUUCUUUUGCAAAUAUAAGCUCCCAAACGACACAGCACCGAAGACGGCUGUUAAGACUUAACGCUAUUGUGUUUUUAAAAAAGAAAAAAAGCUGCGGCGAGAAGCCAAGGUCCUCGAGCUGCGAUGUCUUGGCUCUCGGCGUGCUUGCCAAUCCACCGAGUGCAGACGGCAAUUUUUCCUCCGCACGCAUCCCAGAGGCCCCACUCAAAGGUGGACAAGGUACCGUACCCCCCAUCUGUCAUUCCAAGCAACGCAGUGAAAACAAACACGCCGCUCUGCUUCCAAUAAAAGCCAAGCAGUGGUGGCAGGUUGGGCGGCAGACCAAGCAGGCCACAGGUCCAGGACCUCCACAAGCGGCACAGAAGGCGGUUUUCCUAGCUGCAAAUCAGAGUCUGAUGCACUUGCGAGUGGCACAGAAGGAGGGAAGCGGUAAAAGGUUAUGUGAUACUUCCACAUAUGCAGGGGGCGUCGAGGGAGCAGGACCAGAGACAUCCAUUACUGCUGAAUAAGUCUGAUGAGGAUUUAAACACUACCGUCUGACCAAAUAGGCCCAGACAUGAGAAACAUACAUCUCACACAUGCUGGCACAGUGUGUGUGUGUGUGUGUGUGUGUGUGUGUGUGUGUGUGUGUGUGUGUGUGUGUGUGUGUGGUCAAACUGGUACUUGUAGAGUGUCUAUGCUCGUUUGCCACAGGUUUGUGUGUGCAUGUGCAUGCGUGUGUAUCUGUUUUAAAUUGAAUACCAUUGAUCCAACUUCUUAUACAUUCAAAUGAUAAUAACAUGUUGCAUUUAAAAUACACUGUUUGAUACUAUGGGAAGCAACAAAAAGCCUGUGUUCAGCUCCAGGACUGGUGGUUUUGUGCAUAGCUGUGCUGGGUGUCAACAUUAAAGUAAAUCUUGUGUGAGAUUA